AUGAUGCAAAUGAUGUUUAGUAGAAGUACUUGUGUUGCAGCAGCUACUAAUACUGUUGCUAGACAAGUGUAUAGACGUGCAUCAUCAUCAUUGUCAUUACCUCUGAUUGGAGGUAGUUUAUCGUCAUCAUCCUCUUCAUCUUCAUCUUCUCCUUUUUACUAUAGUACUUUUCAAAAUAACAAUAGAAUAAUCAAUAAUAAUGUAAAUAAUAAUAAUAAUACUAUUAGAUACUAUAGUACUACUGGUACUACUAGUGAAGAUAUAAAAGAAGCAGAGAUAAUAUAUAAAUAUAGAGUUGAAAAGAGUGACAAGAGAUUCAAUAUUACAACAUUGGAAGAGUUUCGUGGAUUGAAACCAUCUGAUCGAUUGGUUGAAUUGUACAAGAUAAAGAUACCGAGUGUCGAAAAGAUGCGAGACGAUAUACUUUCGACAUACCAAGCGGAAAAGGAAGCUAGAAACCAAGCAUUCCUUGAACACUUGCCACACCUCAAAGACAUGUUUAAACUAGCUCAACAAACAUCUGAACAAUUUAAACAACUUUCACAAGAUAUUGCUAGUUCAAGAGGUAUCCCAUCAGAAAAACAAGAAGAAGAAAAGGAAAAGGAAAAAGAGACGAACGAUAGUGGAAGAGCUGAAUAUGUAGAGAUUACUGGUAAACAUGGAGAAGUGACAAGUAAAAGAGGAACAAAGUAUAAAGGUGGAUUGAGUGAUACUGGUGUACCACAGGGACCUGGAGAAUACGAGACUGCAUCGGGUGAGGUGUAUGUUGGCGAGUUUGUAGAUGGAAAGCGUCAUGGGGCAGGUAGAUUCAUUUGGGCUGAUGGAUCGAGUUACGAUGGGUUCUGGGCAAAUGACCAAAUGGAAGGAUUGGGUGUAUACCAACGUCGAGACGGACUGUCACAUGACGGUGAAUGGAAGAAUGGUAAACGUCACGGUUACGGUGUGCAUCUAACCAAAGAACUUGAAAUUCGUGGUGAAUGGGUCAAUGACAAUCUGGUACGUGGACACGAAGUACGUAAAGACGUUCAACUCGAAUACAAUGGAGAGUUUCUAGGUGACGAUUGGCAUGGAAAGGGUCGUGUCGCAUAUACCGAUGGUACUAUAUUUGAAGGUGUCCAUAAAAACGGUCUGCGUCACGGACCUGGUAGAUUAGUCAGUACCAAGCAAGUGUUUGAGUGUACUUGGGUGGAUGGCGUGCCAACAGGUAAUGGUCGAUGGUUUUCAAAUGAUAUGCUUGUCGAAGGUCACUGGGAAGACGGUGAUUGCGUCAAGGGAUUCGUAGUCAAACAAGGAUUUGGAGUGUAUGAAGGAGAAUUGCGUAAUCUCUGUCCUUGGGGACACGGACAAGAACUACAAGACGAUGGAUCAAUGUACAAUGGUGAUUUUGUCGAUGGUUACAGACACGGUUUUGGCACGUCCCGAUGGGGUGACGGCAUCUACCAAGGUGGAUGGGAUCACGGUGAACACGCUGGUCUCGGUCGCAUCAUCUUUGCCAAUGGCAAAGGUUACGAAGGUUACUUUUCAUCAACCAAUGCACCAAAAGAACAAAAUCAAGAAGAUCCAAGACAAAUUGAUUUAAAUAAAGAAUCUCUCUAA